UGCAAUAUUAAACCAAAUAAUUAAUUAAUGGCUUCCAUUUUGAUUUCAUUUCUAGUUAUCUUCUUGUCAUGUGUUUCUGCUUCGGCUACUGCUUGUGAUCGUUGCUUGCACCAAUCAAAGGCCACUUACACCUCUCAAAUCUACUCUGGAGGAUGUGGAUAUGGGCCCCUGGCCUGGAAUUUUAAUAAUGGACUACUUGCUGCUGGCCUUCCUUCGCUUUUCAAACGUGGUUUUGGCUGUGGUGCUUGCUUUAAGGUAAGGUGCAAGGAUAGUGCACUUUGCAAAGAAGAAGGGACAACGGUGAUAUUAACUGAUAGUGAAGGUGAUAAUAGAACCGAUUUACUUCUUAACAAAGAUGCUUUUUCGGCCUUGGCAAAUUAUGGGAUGUCACAACAACUCUUGAACCAUGGCAUUGUUGACAUCGAGUAUAAAAGGGUGCCAUGUGUUUACGAGCAUGAAAACUUAGCAAUCCGAGUGGAAGAAUACAGCCAAAGGCCUCAUUAUCUUGCUAUAACAGUCUUAUACCAAGGUGGACAAACGGAAAUUACAGAUAUUAACAUAGCUACGGUGGGGCAACGUGUUUGGCCGGGCUUGAGGCAUAAAUAUGGGGCUGUAUGGGAAACAAAUCGUGUGCCAUCAGGUCCAUUGAGAUUUUUGUUCAUAGUUAAUUCCGGGGAUGGAGAUUUUAAUUACUAUCGAACUCAAAUAAUAUUACCAGCUGAUUGGACACCGGGAGUUAUUUAUAAUACAGAAGUACAAAUUAAAGAUACUGCUCAAGAAAAUUGCUAUCCUGAGCCUUGUGAUGAAAGCACUUGGUAAUUUCAUUUGUAAGAAGAAAAAUGUUUUUUAAUCAAAAAAUUGUAUACAAAAAUAAAAUAUGGUGAUUGUUGAAUUGCCAUAUACUCCUAGGCUUUAAAUUAAAAGUGUGAUUUAGUUUUCAUAUCUUAUUUUUCGUAUUCAUCCUUUCUUUUUUUGAAAAAGAAAAAUGUUUGAGUGAGGUGUGAGUUUGUAUGAUAUAAUGAUGUGGAUUGAUGGCAAAAAGGUAUUUUAUGAUGUAUUGAAGAAUAUGUUAUCAUCAUGAAUUCAAGAUAAUUAAUUAUGUGUU